AUGCAUUCGUUAACAGAGACUAUAACACGUACAGCUAUCGAUAUUUCUGGACGUGUUGGUUCAUUAUAUGAUGGAUGGCGAGAUCAAAUACUUGGAACAUUAGAUAUCAACACCAUAAAAACAUCAACCAUACGAAGCAGAUCUCUGCUAUGUAAAGUUCAAAAGUAUGAUAUGAACAAAAGUCCAAAUCUUGCUCAAAUGAUUGGCAUCGAAGAUGAAUUACGAUUGAGUACAUUAGUGAACUUCGUUCCAAAAAUUGGAAUAUCAUCAAUCAUCGAUUAUCCCUAUUCGAUCAAUAAAUACACUCGAUGUUUUCGUUAUCAUUAUUUAGACCGCAAGGAGCACCUUUUUAAUGAUCAAAAUCAGAUCGAAAAAUGGAAUAAAACAUCGAUGCCCGAUAAUUCUGCAACGCACAUGAUUACAGAAAUAAGUUUCGGUAUUGAUAUCGUCGUUAUUCUUCAAUUACCAUCACAUGAUAAAUUAGUUAAUGAUAUAGAUACUGCAUUAGAAAAAAUACAACAUCAUUUACAAAAUAGUUUGGAAAAUAUGAUAAUAGCUUCAGAUGUAGAACGACUAUUUGAUCAAAUUCUUUUUACAACAGUAUAUUCAAAUAUUCCCAAAUUAGUCCAAAUAGAAAAAUUUCUUGAUCUUUGUCGUAAUUUAAAUCAACUCAAAAAGAAUCCAACGGAUUGUGAACUAUUAAAGUAUCGUCUUACUCCUAUUAAAUGGUUCUUUCUUGAAUAUACUGAAGAUGUUACUCGAUAUUUUCCACUAGAAUCAGAAUUUCGCGAUAUUUUCGAGAACGAUUUACUUCAAUCUUCGAUUGUAUUAAAACAGGCAUGCUCGAGACUAGAUGAGAAUACAAGAAGAUUUCUUCAAAAGCAUCUUGCUUUGCAACUCUUGGAGGUACAUCAACUAUAUUCACAAGGUAAAAUCUAUCAUGAAGAUGUAAUUCAACGACUUCAAUCAUUAAUUAUCACGAUACGUAGUGGUCAAGAGAUAGACGUUGAUAUCGGUCAAAUAUUUCGCAAUGAACCCCAUUUGCAAGCAAAAGCAGAUAUGAUUAAUGAAUUACAACGGCAAGAAUUUGAAUAUUGUAAUGCGGCCGAUUGUGGUAUACAAGAUGGUGAUGACCAAACCAUUAUUGAACAAAAAUUAACUCAGUAUAAACCAUCUCCACGUCGUCAAAAUAUUGAUUUUAUUGAGACUGAUCUUUGUGAAUGGAUAGAUAAACUCAAUCAAUUAAAGGAAGAAAUCAUCAAUCCAGCAAAGGUUGUAGUUCGAGACGCUUGUGCACCGUUGAUUACCAAGAUUCAUGUCGAUGUUUUCGAAACAUUCGAGCUGUUUGAACGUACAUCGGGUAAAACUAUAUUUGAAGAAAGUGGCAAAGUUGUCGUCGUGCAAGAUGGUCCUUAUAAUUAUACAGAAGUGCGUGGAAAAAAUGAAUAUACGACUGGACAUCGUACAUUAUGUUUCAAGAUUGAACAAUUAAAUGGCUGGAGCUUAUUUGGCAUUAUCUCAAAAUCGAGUCCUUUGCAAGAACAUUCCUACAGUUCACCGUCAUGUUAUGGCUGGUAUAAUGGUGAUUAUUUCGUCUAUCGCAAUGGACAAAGCGUGGGUGGACAAGGUCAUGAUGCUGUUGAAAAUGAUAUAGUCAAUCUUACAAUCGAUUGUGAUCAUCGACUAAUUCGAUUGAUAAACGAACGGACAAACCGUACGCUCGAACUACUCGUAGAUAUUGACAAAUGUCCAUUUCCAUGGCAAUUACAUCUCAAUCUAAAUUUAGCUCCAACUCGCAUUCGUAUCCUUUCCUAA